AUGCGUAGCCAAUUUUCAGACACUGGAAAUACGUACACUGAGAAUCUCGAGACAGAAGCGAUGUUGCCGCCACGUGUAUCACAAGGCCUGUUGCUAGCAUCCCAAGCUAGCACGCCUCGGCUUACACCUCCUGGUUCCCCUUCUAGUCUAUCUGCGUCUGUAUCUCCAUCUAGGACACCAAAACCUCUGUCUCCAAGGAGACACUCCAUUUCAUUUUCAACGACGAGAGGCUUUUUCGAUGACAGAUCGUCUGGGUUUUCUUCUGUGCCCUCCAGCCAGCACAGUUCAUUCUCAGGCUUGGAUACAGGAUCGCAAUCAGGUAGAACCCGAGUUGAUGGUAAAGAAUUCUUCCGCCAAGUCAGGAACCGGCUUUCUUAUGAACAGUUUGGUGCAUUUCUAGCUAAUGUCAAGGAAUUGAACUCCCACAAGCAAACAAAAGAGGAAACUUUGCAGAAGGCCGAUGAAAUUUUUGGCCCCGACAACAAGGAUCUAUACGCCAUUUUCGAGGGGUUGAUCUCCCGUAAUGUCCAUUGA